CGUGGUACCGAGAACAAGCAAGAUGUCACAAAGCAUUUAUUUUAUAGAGAGUAUUGUUGAUGUGAGUGAGAAAAUAGAAAAAUUGUUGGCAACAAAUAUACCCUUAACCAUGACUGAUGAAGAUAUAACCAGACACACAGCUUGUUUUAAAUGCAAUUUAUGCACAUGCGAUGUAAAUAACCUCACCCGUAUUCGCGAUCAUGACCAUCUGACCGGUAAAUUUAGACAAACUUUAUGUAAUAGAUGCAAUUUAAGUCUAAAACAACCAAAAUACGUGCCAGUUUUCCUACAUAAUCUUUCAAACUACGAUGCGCAUUUUAUAGUGACAGAACUUGGUUAUGAUUCGCAUAGAAUAAAAGUAAUUCCGAACAGCGAGGAAAAAUUCGUUACUUUUUCAAAAUACAUAAGUAACAAUUUUACCAUCAGAUUCGUGGAUACAUUCAGAUUUAUGGCUACAAGCUUAUCAACUCUAGCCGCCAAUCUAAUAUCACCAAAUUUAGAAAAAUUCCGCCUAACUGCAAAAUAUUUUACCAAUAAAGAUUUACCGCUUGUCACCCGUAAGGGUGUAUAUCCUUAUGACUUCACGGAUGAUUGGGCUAAGCUUGAACAAUUAACUUUACCUGCAAUAGAGGACUUUUAUAGCACCUUAACAGAAGAACACAUAAAAGAUACCGAAUAUCAGUUUGCUAAAGACGUAUGGAGUCAUUUCAAUUGUAAAACGCUGGGCGAGUAUUCGGAUCUAUACUUGAAAAUUGAUGUCUUACUUUUGGCGGAUGUAUUUGAAAAUUUCCGAGACUUAUGCUUGAACACUUACAAUUUGGAUCCAGCAUACUAUUUUACAGCACCAGGGUUUUCUUUCGAUGCAAUGUUGAAACACACAGCAAUAAAACUGGAAUUACUGUCGGAUUACGAAAUGCUGUUAAUGUUUGAAAAUGGUAUUCGAGGAGGACUUACACAGGCCACUAUGCGGUACGCGAAACCUAACAAUGAGAGAACACCUGAUUAUAACCCGACAGACCCAAAGUCAUGGCUUGUCUAUCAGGAUUGCAACAAUCUUUAUGGUUGGGCAAUGUCGCAGUUCAUGCCCUACGGAGGCUUCAAGUGGGUUAAACCGUCUCUCGACGGAUUAGCUGAUUUGAACGCAACAUCGCCUAUAGGACGGAUCUAUGAAGUCGAUAUAGCUUAUCCGGAAGAACUGCAUGAUAAACAUAAUGACUUACCAUUUUUACCGCAAAACAGUAUACCGUCAGGUUCAAAAGUGCGAAAACUCAUGGCAACAUUUGAACCGAAAAAAAAUUAUAUUGUUCACUAUCGCAACCUCCAGCAAGCCUUAAACAAUGGUCUCAUAGUUGAAAAAGUGCAUAGAGUUGUCCAGUUUAAACAAUCACCAUGGCUCGCAUCAUACAUUGCUUUGAAUACUGAAAUGAGGAAGAAGGCGAAAAAUACAUUUGAGCGGGAUUUCUUUAAACUACUAAACAAUGCUGUAUUCGGAAAAACGAUGGAGAACGUUCGCCAACGCAUGGAGAUGAAACUUGUAUCGUGUGAUCGACGUUUACAGAAAUUAAUAAACAAAUCGACUUUUAAACACUGCACUACGUAUUCUGAAAACCUAAAUGCCGUAUCAUUGGAAAAUAAAAUCAUCCAUUUUUGCAAACCUAUUUAUAUUGGUCUCGCGGUUCUCGACAUAAGCAAAAGUUUAAUGUAUGAUUACCAUUACAAUGUGAUGCAAAAACAUUAUGGAGAUAAAAUUGAGCUCAUGUAUACAGAUACAGAUUCAUUAGUAUAUUAUAUCCAAACCAACGAUUUCUAUGAAGACCUCAAGAAUAAUGACAACUUAUUCGAACGAAUGGAUACUUCCAACUUACCGGAAGACCAUCCAUGUUUUAUUUCGGAGAGAAAAAAGAUACCGGGUCUGUUUUCCGAUGAAACAGAUGGGCUCAUAAUGACCGAGUUUUGUGCGCUGCGAGCAAAAUCAUAUGCUUACAUUUUGGACGGUAGGGAGAAAAUCAAGGCCAAGGGAAUUAGAAGGCAUGUUGUAAAGAAUCAUAUGACGUUUAACGAUCAUAAAAAGUGUUUAUUUGGUGAGGAGGAGGAGAUGGAUGUUAGGAGAGAAAAUGUAUCCAUCCGUUCUUUCAAACAUCGACUGAUGACGAUAAAAUCAAACAAAUUAACGUUCAAUAACUUUGAUGACAAGAGAGUUAUCCUAGAAGACAAAAUCCAUACUUUGGCUCAUGGACAUAACUUAACAAAAAUACAUAGAUGAUCGUGAUAUAAAAGGUUCAACUGAAAACAUAUUUAAUGUUGGAAAUUUGGGUAUAAAAUGACAAAUCAGUAGUUGUAUAUCCCACAGUAUACUUCACUAAUAUAUUGCACUAGUAAGACCUACCAAGGCAGACUUACAGUUAAUAUAUAUAGAUAUAGAUAUUACAAAUGGUGAAGAGGCGAGCAGAAAACAAGAUGGAAACUGAACACGGCGCUGAUAAAAGAUCGAAGAGGCAAUCUGGGGAAAAGUCUGACAUGGUAACUACGGAAUAUAAUAUACGACUAUGAUGUAAUCAAUAUAAUAUUUUAUCGAGAUGUCUUAAAAACAAAAUUAUU